AGGCAAAACGAAGAUAAUGAAGAAUUUUUGCCAACUGGAGAAACCUCCAUAGACUCCUACCCAAACUGGUUAAAAUUCCACAUUGGCAUUAAUCGGUACGAGUUGUAUUCCAGACAUAAUCCUGCAAUUGAGGCUUUACUACAAGACCUGGUCUCCCAAAAGAUAACCAGUGUUGCGAUGAAAUCAGGAGGCACCCAGCUGAAGCUGAUCAUGACGUUCCAGAACUAUGGACAAGCAUUGUUCAAACCAAUGAAACAAACCAGAGAACAAGAAACCCCGCCUGACUUUUUUUAUUUCUCAGACUAUGAAAGACAUAAUGCAGAAAUAGCAGCAUUUCAUUUGGACAGGAUCCUGGAUUUCCGUCGUGUGCCACCAGUUGCAGGUAGAUUGGUUAACAUGACGAGAGAAAUACGAGAUGUUACUCGUGACAAGAAACUGUGGAGAACGUUUUUCAUCUCACCAGCCAACAACAUCUGCUUCUACGGGGAAUGCUCCUACUACUGCUCAACUGAGCACGCCUUGUGUGGAAAACCAGAUCAGAUCGAAGGGUCUCUGGCUGCUUUCCUACCCGAUUUGUCUUUAGCUAAAAGGAAAACCUGGAGAAACCCUUGGAGACGUUCCUACCACAAGCGCAAGAAAGCAGAAUGGGAAGUUGAUCCAGAUUAUUGUGAAGAGGUUAAACAAACGCCCCCGUAUGACAGUGGGACCAGAAUUCUGGAUAUAAUGGAUAUGACAGUUUUUGAUUUCCUAAUGGGUAACAUGGAUCGACAUCACUACGAAACCUUUGAGAAGUUUGGAAAUGAAACAUUUAUUAUCCACUUAGAUAAUGGAAGAGGGUUUGGAAAAUAUUCCCAUGACGAACUUUCCAUAUUGGUGCCUUUAAACCAGUGCUGCAGAAUAAGGAAGUCUACCUAUCUGCGAUUACAGUUGUUAGCCAAGGAGGAAUACAAACUCAGUCUCUUGAUGAAGGAAUCUUUACUAAAAGAUAAAAUAGCUCCCAUUCUCUACCAGCCUCACUUGGAGGCGAUGGACAGGCGGCUGCGGAUUGUCCUCAAGGCUGUUAGUGACUGUAUAGAAAAGGAUGGUUAUGACAAUGUGGUUGAAAAUGACUUUAACACUGAUGUUAACACUGUUACGACCGAGAGGUAGUGAAAUCGCAAGACUACGUUUUUACCAGCCAAGUAAAGAAGAUUCAAAGAGGAAAAGAAAAAAAAAAAAAGUCUUGCAAAAGACUGUAUGUGCCACUUUGUGAAUUCAGUGAAUUCAGAAAUGAGAUAUAAUUGUUCCCAAAGUAGGUAAAGUGUAGACUCUGCAAAGGCUUAGUUCAUUAAGAAAAAUAAGUCUAAUGUGAUGCUUUUCAUUAGUUCCUAAAGAGAGAUUAUGAAAAGAUUCAGAAAAUACUCAGAUCAUUGACAGACAACAGUCUGAUAGCAAAACACCUCCUGUCCUUUUUGUAUAGAAAGGAGGCCUUUACUUAAUAUUUUGUAUUUAUAUAUGGUAUAUCUAUGAAACCCCAGACCUACCUACCAAAUUGAACUAAGAGGGCAUAGUUUUGUGACUCACACUUUAUUUGUGGUGACAGUCCACUUAGUAUUUUGUGUUAACCCUUUAAGUGCUCUAAUCCACUGUAUCUUAUUUAAAUUGAAUGCUUUUUUUCCCCAGCUACUCGGCAUUUAAAGGGUUAAGGCAUUUUGAACUUUUAAAGGCAAAAAAUCAUAAUUAUUAAAAUAAUAAUAAAUACAGUGGAUAACGGAAGAGAAUUUCACUAGUUGUGCGUUGACAGGAAUACUUGAAUGUUGGUUUUACAAAGUGAUGUAAAAUGACAAGUUGUACUAUUUGUCCAUAAGAAGGUGGCAGCUCUUAUCUUUCUAGACUAUCAUAGCCGAGCUGCUACUUUUCAACUUUGCUUUUGAUAGUUUUGUGUAAAUAUAUACAUAUAUGGGUAAAAAGCUGCUUUCAGCAGCUCUAGGCUUACUUUUGCAGCAUUUUUGUGGAAUUGUUUGCAACGUGGUAAAAGUGCAAUAAAGAUAUGGCAAAAUGUG